AACCGUAAAGGCUAAAAGAGGAAGAAAGAGAAGAGACUUACCCACAGCGAAUAUAUUGAUAUUGUCAAGUGACUUCAAUAGCGUCCGUGCGAUUGUUUUCAACAACACCGAGAAACUGUUCCGUCAAGUAUAUUCGCCCCGAUGCCGUGGGACAUAUUCAACACCAGACGGGACAUGUGUCCCAGCAUUUUCGACAUAAACCGGGUCAACGGUUUUCCACUUCGAAAAAUGCACUUUCUUCGCCAUAAUUGCAAUCCAUACGCGUGUCCAACAAAAGCCACCCGGCGAAAUACUACACAAGCGAAAUGGGUUCGCACGCUCGAUCUCUCGGGUUAUGAUCCCGACAACAUCAACGUCAGCGUGGAAAACGACGAGGUGCGGGUCCAAGCCUGCAAGACAAGGCGAAAUCCGAACGGAAUUUCGGAGAUGACCAGGCGUGUUAUGCUUCCCAGAGGUGUGGACAGUCGUAAACUGAAAUGUUUCUUGCGGAGCGAUGGUCGCCUCGCAUUGAAAGCUCCCCUUAGAAAUGCUACUACAAACAAAUCUCAGGAGUUGAAAUGCCUGCAACUUAAAGAGGAGAUAUCAAAGACGAACUUAAGCACUGACAUUAAAACAUCGCCGAAAGAAAUUUCGAAACAAGAGUGUGAGGAAGGGAAAGACAUUGAGAUGAAAUCUAGCCCAGUGGCUGUGCUCUGCUCUUGUGGAAAUGCAGAAUAUAAGCGAAAUGACGACUCCGAAAACACACCACUAACACCUGCUGCACCAGAAGAGCAACCGACUUACUACGUUGAGGAAAAUCCGGAAAAGAAUGAAGAAAGGAGAGAAAAUGACAGCAAGGAUUAUGAAACAACAGAUGAAACAAUACAUCACGAUAUUACGGUUGAAGAGGAACAUACUGAGACACCUGGUCUGGAACAAACGCAAAUACAUGAAGUCGACAAUGAAGAUUCUAAUACUGACCCAACAAAGCCGUUUGUUGCAACACGAUUGGCAGAAACGGUAACUUGUGUCGCAAGAGCUAAACCGUUCGAGUUCGAACUAAACAUAUCGGACAUUCCCAUUGAAAAUAUUCAAGUCCAAUGUAAAGAAAAUACGCUAUACAUUGACGCUGUGAAUGAAACCAACGAUGGCGGCGUUUACUCGAGAACUGAAAUCCAUAGACGGGUGGCUUUGCCCGAGGACUCGGACUGUUCUAAAGCGCGGGCUACUGUCGACGGUGAUAUGAAACUACGAUUAACUGUUCCAACAAAAUACGAUACACCAGAAAUUAUGCAAAUUCAGAUCCAGCAUGAAUGAUCGUUAUACGAUUUAAAUAUUUUGUGAUAAUCAUGGCUUAUGUAUUGAAUAUUGUAAAUGUGAUCAAUAUAAUUGUGCACCAUCUCGAACAUUCAUGUUUUGUUUUAUUACAUGUACACUACAUGUAUGUUAAUAUAAUACAAAUUAAUGGAUGUGUUUGACUGCUUGUAUUCAUACGAUCUUAUAUGUUAAAACUCAAUGCACAUGUCCUAUUAUCGAAUUAUUUAUGUUGUAGGGGGUUUAAUAAAAAUAUUUA